CCCACCUCCAGGCGCGAGUGGACGCCAGGAUUCCCGUCUCCUCGCGACUUGGCCACCCCGCGCCGUGACUCGGCCUGGCACUGAGCCGCGGGUGGAGGCUGUGUCCCUGCAGUUCUGCCUUCGUAGUUCUCUGCCUUUGCCCAAAAGCUGUAGAAAAUGAACAAAUCCCAGGGAUCGGUCUCAUUCACGGAUGUGACUGUAGACUUUACCCAGGAGGAAUGGGAGCAACUGGACCCCUCUCAGAGGAUCCUGUACAUGGAUGUGAUGCUGGAGAAUUAUAGCAACUUACUUUCAGUGGAAGUGUGGAAGGCCGAUGACCAGAUGGAGAGGGACCACAGAAACCCAGAUGAGCAGGCGAGGCAAUUUCUAAUCCUCAAGAGCCAAACCCCAGUGGAGGAAAGAGAACACCUCAUAUUCUGCGAGGCAAAGAAAGAUGAGGGAAAACGCUGAAAGAAAUGCAGAAGGGAGCCCAGUUCAUUCCUGCCAAGAGGCCAGAUUCCAGCCACCCAGUAGAUGACUUGGCUCAAGCAAAGCUGUUCAACACCAGGAGCUCCUGCCCUGGAAAGGCUGCAGCACACUCACCGUUGUACUUGGUCUUGCCCCAGCCUGUGGUGACACAGAGGGAGCCCGCAGGAAAGUCGUCCUCAGCGUUGGGCAGGCAGACCGCCGACACGGUUUGGGAGAAGCGGGCGGGCGUGGCCAGCUUCAGCAGGGUGAUGUCAUUGCGGACGGUGAGCAGGCUGAACUUGGGGUUCUUGAAGACCUGUGGGUGAGGGUCAGAACAACUGGCUGAGGGCCUGGCAUGAGUCAGGGGUCUGCGGGUUUCAAGGAAACAAACUUUUCCUGAUGGUCCUUUCAAGGGAAACAAACCCACAGGAGCCCUGAAUGAAGAUUCUGAGACUGGCCCCACCCCCUCGGCUCCUGUUCCUCAAGCCUUCCAGGGUUCUUUCCUUCCUCCUGCACCCCCAGCCUCCCAGCUGAACCCCCGCCACCCAGCCAUCCAGCAGGUCCUGGGUGUACCUGAGCAAUCUUAAGGACUUGGAUGUCCUCAGCAUCUGAACCCUGGUCAAACUCCCCGGCCACGACCUGGUCGGUGGUCCUAGAUAGAGCAUGUGGGGGUGGGGGUUGAGGGCCAGAAAUGCACCCUACUCCCCCAGCGCCAACAAGCUGGAAUUAGAGCCUGAGCCCACCCAGGCCUCACCUGACCCCGCAGUGGGCAGCAGUGACCACCCAGUUCUCGCUGAUGAGGGAGCCCCCACAGAAGUGGGAGCCGGUGCUGUCCUGGGGAGAGAGGUGGGGAAGGUCAGCCACACCCUCCCUGGGCAGCAUGCCCCCAGCCCAGCCAAUACCACAGGUGCCCCCUACACAUUCUCAGAAUCCCUCCUCACCUGCAGGGACACCUGCCAGGGCCAGGAGCCAGGGACAGCGUCCUCCCCAUUGACAAUCCUGGACAGGCCACUCAGCACAGGUUGGAUGGUGGGGACUCCACAGCCUGGGAAGGGGGCAAGAGGAAGGGCUGAGCCCAGGAGCCAGUGGGGCCUCACUUGGAGAAUCUGGGUCCCUAGGUCAGCAGCCCACACCACAGGGCCCCACUGCAUAGCUCCCACGUCCUCCAGGCUCAAGGACCCCCUAGACGCAGCCCACUGACCCCAGGCAUCUUUCCAGGGCUGCAGAGGGCCCAGGGCCCGCCCUUACCUGGGGCCCCUUGUCUGAAGGUGCAGAAAACAGCAGGGAAGCCUGACUGCCCAGCUCAGCUCCUAGGCCUAUCCCUUCCUUCCUGUGUGAACUCAGAAGGGUAGCUGCAUCUCCCCAAUCCUCAGUUUCCUCUGCUGUAAAGUGGGGAACAGAACAAUGCCAACUUCACAGGCCAGAGCUCCUCCAUUAGAUUGAAGCCCCCAAGUACUGGCAAGUCUGGGAAGAAUCUGGAACUCUUACACUUGGCUUACACUUGGCUGACGGGUGUGCAAAAUGGUGCCAUAGUCUAUUUCUUUGAUAAUUCACAAUUUAAGGAACAAUUAAUAAAAAGAAAAAAAAAUUUUUUUCUUUUUAUUCAUUGUAUAAAGUUUUAGUUUCUCAAUUAUUUAAUAAAACACGACUUUAAUUCCAUACCAUAAAAGGCAGUGAGGAAACAAAUUGCUUUAAUUUUAUCAAAACAACGAGAAGAGGACAAAAAGUUCUCGUUGCCGUCGAGCUGAUUCCGACUCAUAGCAACCCAAAGGACAGAGUAGAACUGCCCCAUAGGGUUUCCAAGGAAUGCCUGGUGGACUGGAACUGCUGAGCUUUCGGUUAGCAGCUGUAGCCUUUAACCACUAUACCACCAGAGUUCCCGAGAAGAGGACAGGUGUACUUAAUAUAUCUGACUUCUUAGCACCUGUACACAGGUUCUUCGAUUUGGCAAUACCAAGGCAAGUUGAGCAGGUGCAGCCACUAUAAGCAACCAUGACACAUGUAGAGGCAUCACACCUUGCUACAGCCUCGUGCCUCCUACUCCUGCCCACGAGGGCACUGUUAACCCCACACGCAAAUUUAUUUUUUGUAAUAGCAAAAAUAAAUUAGAAAUAGUGGUGUAGUAACCUGACAGAGUGACUUACAGUGAUUAAAGUCAAUGAUAAAAUAUGCUGGGAAAAACCACAUUGUAAAACUGACACAGGGUACCAUUUACAUAUAUUUAUUAAAUAUCAAAAAUUACGUGCAUUCCUUAUGAAUUUAUAAAUAUGUACUAAGUUUAUUUUAAAAACCCGCAUAGAAACAUUGCCCAGCAAAUUGAGAAUAGGGUUAACCUCCAAGGAGGGAGAAGGGGAGCUUCAGCUGAACCUGUUUUAUUGUUUAAAAAGAAACAGCUGAGGCAAAUCUACCAAAAAUACUCGCUCAUUUCUGGUGGUGAGUACCUGGGUGUUACAGGAUUUUCUGUAUUCGCUAGUUCAUAGUUAAAGUACCGUGAGCAGCAUGCUUAGCAAUAACAGCCAGUGUCCGGCACAAGCAGCAGGUACAAGCCUGGGGAGGUCUGCAGUCACCCCUCACCCUGCCCACGGCGCUCACGGCCUGAGCACCUCGGAGCUGCAGACCUGCGGGGCCCAGACUUGUCUUCUCAACUCCCCAGAACAGGGUGUGAGGGCUCCGAGGUCGCAAAAGGACCCCACUCCUUCCUGCAGCUUCAAGUUGCCUUGCCAGGAAGUGACCCAACGGUGCAGAGAAAGGGGGUCCACAGGCUCUCUUGGCCAGGCCCCUCCAGCCCCUGUGAUGGGGCCUGGCUUCAGGCCCACCCAGGGCUCCGGCCCCUACUCCCCAGCCUCCUCCCUAGCCAGCGGCACUGACCAAAGGCGGCCCCCAUGAGGGCGAAGCAGGAGAGGAGCCAGAGAAAGGCCAUGAUGCUGCAGUCAGGAGAUGUGGAGCUUGCCUGCUGUGCGGCCCCUUUUUCAUCCCCUCCAGGCUCCCAGGCCCCGCCCAACCCCUCUGGCCCUGCCCAGCCAGGGGAGCCUGAGAGCCACCCUCCCUGUUAUCCAGGGACCUUGGGUGAUAAGCAGGUACCAAGUCCUUCUCACAGCCGGGCCUGGCUCUCAGCCUGGGACACCUCAGCCCCUGGGAAACAGGAAGCUGCCCUGGCCCAACAAUGCUGUGAACCUUGGCAGCACCAGGCAUACCCAGGGCACAGGCAAGGCCAGUGGCCAGGGUGAGAGCUCAGCUGACGGAGCCCAGCUCUUUGCAGUCUGCUGGGAGGCAGGGCAGGGACUCCAGUUCCCAGUAGCACAGGGAGGGAUCCUGGCUCCUCAAUUAAAGCAAUCCCACCCCAGGUUCAAAGAAUUUAGCUGGUCUUUUCCGGAAGGAGCUUGGAGUUUCAUAGUCCUAAGGCCCCCAGUACCAUGAACGUCCGCUAUAGGUUCUCAGCAAGGAGUGUUUUCAGAGUUCAGUAUUCAUCUACAGGAAAAGUAUGCAAGUGUUUUCUGGAGUGCCCAGGGGGUCCCUCAUAGCGCAGCCCAGACAAGCAGGUUUGGGGCUUGCAUCUGAGCUGUGUCCACAACCCCAUAACUGUUCGGAAAUUGCCCAGAUGGGGGUUGUUAACAGCUAAUGGUUGACAAACCCGUUCACAGACCCACCCACAUCUGCUGUGAGCUCAACUGAAUUCUCUUUUCUGUGAUAGUUUACAAUUUAAAUGAAUUCAUUGUAUAAAGUUUUAUUAUAAGAUGGAACUUCGAUUCCACACCAUAAAAGGACACACUAAGGAAACUACUUGUCACGGAACAAUGAGAAAAGGAUAGGUGUAGGAGAUUUGCCAAUGACUCACUUGCAUAGGUGGGGACCAAGGAUUUCCCAGCAAUCUGUAUAGGCUCCUAUGCUUGCUCUUCUGGGCCAGGUACUGUGUAGGCACUCAUGAACACAGCUGACAUCAUGGGGCUGAGAUUCCAGUACAGACAAUGAACAAAUAAUACAAUAUUGUACAGUAUAAUCAAUAUCAUGCAAUAAAUACAAUAAGCUGGGAUAAGGCAUGGGGAGCAAUGGGGAUGGCCUGCUGUUCUAGAUCUGGACAGAGCUGUCAGCGAAAGCCUCUGUGAUGAGAUAGUUUGAAAAGAAAAACACAGUGGGGGAACUGAGUCUUCAUCUAAGGCCUUCAGGGCCACAGUCACUGUGGGAGAAGGGAGUCAGGGUGAGCAAAACAAUGGCACCGGUCUUAUUAAAUUAAUACCCUUGAUUUGAACUUGAUUGGUUUUGAAGUUUUGUCUUUAAUUUAUAAAUAGGUUUUGUUUUAGAGUUGUACGUUCUCAGUGGAGGAGAUAAUCAAAAACUUUAACUACCGGUUGAGCAGGGGCCUGACCCUUGGGAACAGUGCCUAUACCCUGGCUGGGGCAGAGUCCUGGAGACCUGGGACCUUGUUCUGUGGGGAGGUCCAGAAUCCCAGAGGAAGGGUGAUAUAGAGAGCUGGGAGAGUGGCUGUUUACUAACUGGUAUGGAAGCUUCUUGAUAUUUUAACAGCCUCUGUGGCCACCCAGGGGUAUCCCACAGGCCUGGUUAUGAACAUAAGGAAUUCAUAUUUAAGUUUCAGGCCAGGGGUAAUUUGUUGAAAUAUCAACAUUUGCUGGUUAGGUUUAUUUUAUUUAUUUUUGGUGGUGGUGGUAGUUUUUUUCCUUUAUCAACUCUAAACAAACAGCCAAGCCAUUUGUAUUUUCCUCCUCUCAGGGAUUCUUCCUGAGCAAAAGCAGAGGCGGCCUAAAGUCAACCAGCCUGAAGUCUUUAGGUCUGCUGUGAAAGCUAAACUCAUGGCAGACUAGAGUCCAGGGAGCAAUGUGGAGAGAGGGGAGGGGAAGCUUCCUGUCUACAAAGAGAUGACAGCUGGAGAGGGUAAGGGAAACUGGGUAACAUUUGUGUUUAUUUGCCAAUGUGCUUUUUACUUCGAGUAAUUCCUUUUUGCCCCCAGCCCACCCCAUAUUCAAACUAGACCAUGAGGUGAGACUCCUUAGGAGCAGGAUGAUAAUUUUGUUACAAGAGAGUGACAGCCAUUGCCACUUCCCACAGCCAUCUCCCCUUUUUUGACCACAGGGGGUUCUGAUGGGGGAUCGCCCCUCCCCAGCCCCCAGGGGAGAACUCUGAUGAAUCCAAGCCCACAGAGGCAAAGAGAGAUGAGGAGAGCCCACUCCUAACCUCUCUGCAGGCUCUAACCUCUCUGUGAGGCUGUGGUGCUUUGGCAGCCAUCUUGAGAGUAUAGGAAAAGCAAAAGAAAGAGAUCCUAACCUAGAACUACAAUAUUACUGAGCUGCUGAGCAGACACCCCCAAUGUCUUACCUCUGAAUCUCUGGUGUGUGAUAAGAACAAAUCCCUGUUGUCUUAAAUGCUAGCAGGCAGCCAUCUAAGAUGCAUCAAUUGGUCUCAACCCACCUGGAGCAAAGGAGAAUGAAGAACACCAAGGACACAAGGUAAUUACAAGUGCAGGAGACAGAAAGGGCCACACAUACAUCAGCCUGAGACCAGAAGAACUAGAUGGUGCCCAGCUACAACCGAUGACUGCCCCGACAGGGAACACAGCAGAGAACCCCUCAAAGAGCAGGAGAGCAGUGGGAUACAGACCUUAAAUUCUCAUAAAAAGACCAGGCUUAAUGGUCUGAUCGAGACUAGAAGGACCCCAGAGGUCAUGGUCCCCAGACCUUCUGUUAGCCCAAGACAGGAACCAUUCCCAAAGCCAACUCUUCAGACAGGGAUUGGACUGGACUAUAAGAUAGAAAAUGAUACUGGUGAGGAGUGGGCUUCUUGGAUCAAGUAGACACGUGAGACUUUGUGGGCAGCUCCUGUCUGGAGGUGAGGUGAGAAGGCAGAGAGGGACAGAAGCUGGCUGAAUGGACACGGAAAUUGUGGGUGGAGAGGAGUGUGCUGUCUCAUUAGGGGGAGAGCAACUAGGUGUAUAUAGCUAGGUGUAUAUGAAUUUUUGUAUGAGACUGACUUGAUUUGUAAACUUUCACUUAAAGCAUAAUAAAAAGUUAAAAAAAUCCCUAUUGUUUAGCCAUAUGUCUUGUAUUUUAUUAUAAAAAAAACUUAUCUUUUUCUUCAAAUAUAUUGGUGCCAAGUGUUUUAUCUUCAGUCUCACUAAUUCUGCCUUCCACUUCCUCAGUUUUCCUCUGACUUUCUAUUGAGUUGUCUAAUUCUGUAAUUUUAUUGUUAAUCUUCUGAAUUUGAUUACUCGCUCUCUAUGGAAUUGAUUUUGCAGCUUAUUAAAUUCUUCAACCACUUUAUCUGUGUGUUCCUUGGCUUGUUUUGCAUCUUGCCUGAUUUCAUUCCUGAUUUCUUGAAGAGUUCUAUAUAUUAAUCUUUUGUAUUCUGCAUCUAGUAAUUCCAGGAAGACACCUUCACCUGGAAGAUUCCUUGAUUCUUUGUUUUGAGAGCUUGUUGAAGCGAUCAUGGUCUGCUUUAUGUGAUUUGAUAUUGACUGUUGUCUCUGAGCCAUCUAUAAGUUAUUUAUUAGUUUAUUUUACUUUUGCUUACUGUAUCCUAGCUUCUUGCUUUGUUUUGUUUUGAUAUGCCCAAAUAGGCUGCUUGACUGAGCUAGCUUGAUUAUUUUCACCUUUGAAGCUCUAACAUCCUCUCACCAGAUGGCUAGAGUUAUCAGGUAUAUGAGCUUAGGAGUCCAUUCACUUUUCUUGUAUAGAUUCAGCUCAGGUGUCCAGGUAGUCAGUCAUCAAGUGUGUGGUACAGGUUCUGUCCUACAGUCUUAGAGGGGCAGGGGUGAUUGGUGUACGUACAGGUUAUCUGGUUGCAGCAAGGGGUCACGCUCUGAACAAGGCAAGGGGGCUGACAACCGUUCCCUGAGUGUCUGUGAGGAAAGCCUAUCUGUUCCCUAGAGCGCACAGGUGGGUGGGUUCUGCAGAUGAACCAGGGGCACCCAGUGUUUUGGGUUGUAAGGACUGGGAGGUACCACUUAUCCUCAGACCCUGUCGUGAGUGGCUACGUGAUGUGGGUGGAGCCACCAGUUCUUAGGCCCCUGAUGUGGGUAGGUGAGGACCCUGUUUCAUAGGCAAAGUGGUGUCAAACAUCAAAUACCCACCUCUCCGCCACACAGCUGAAACAGUUGCAGUCUGCGAAUGAGGGCCUAUUCUCCUGAAAUGGGUCCACACAGGUCCAUGCAGGGGUGAAAGAUAGUCAAAAUCUGUAGACCGUUUGUGCCUGGACAGGAGCCACUUCUGUCCUGAGCUCCCCGGCUUAGUGGAGCUGGCAGAUUAUCUUUUCCCCCAAUUGUGAAUUUAUUCGUUCUCCAAGGGUGGGAGAAUGGCUCAGGGCACGCAGCAGGACCUAUCUCAGGCCCAGGGAAAUCAACAGCCACUGAAGCCAGCUUGGGGCUGGGGGCACAGUAAAAUAAACACAAGUAGUUAAGCUUUUGCUGAGAGUGCCAUUCUUCUCUGGUUCCGGAGGUGUGAGUAGGGUGCGUGGCUCACUGUCUCUCCCUAAGGAAACCACAUCCAGAAUGCUACUGCCAGCCCCACUGUGGAUGCUCCAGGGAAUGGUGCCUGAGGGUUCCCAGUGAUUCAGGUCCAGCAACUCCUCUCCGCUUCUGAACCAUCUCUCCCACCCCCUGCCCCUCAGUCUGAUUUCCUAACUUUGCCUUUAAUGUUCAGGGCUCGUAGCUUGUCAUAUAUACACUUGUUUUUUCAGAUCUUUGUUGUAAGAGGGAUCACCAGAAGCAUCUGACUACCCUGCCAUCUUGGCCCCACCUCAAAAACCAUCUUAAAUGAUAGAAAAUACCCAUGAUAAUUGUGCUGACUGUCUUCCAUUUGCCCCUUCAGGUCUUCUCUCCUCCCUUCUUCACCUUGCUGGCCUCCAGGAGACUGACCCUCAAGGAUGCAUUUGGAUUCAGCCAAUGGGACACACCAGCAGGAGGAGGGUCCUAGGAGAAGAGAUAAGUCAGUGUACUUAUUCCCUUGGUUCCCUCUCUAGAGGUUGCUGUGAGUUGGCAGCCCUCUUCUUUCUGGGUUCCAUAACCGCCACCCCCUCCUUGUCCUUUCAGUUCUAGGUGUGGCAAUAUUUCCGCAUUGUUGCUAGCCCCUGUGUGCCUAACUGUCCUCUCUUGACUUCCUGGAGCACUGCCCAUACCUUUGUAAAAAUUCUCUUUAAUAAAACUCUCCUCAAAUUA